AUGACAGCCGUGCUUCCGGCAGAGUUGUUGUCCUUGAUAUGCCGCUUCGCUGGCCGAGAUGAGCUUAAAGCAUUGCGCUUAACUAACCACGCCUUCGCGGUGCCUGCUACAGAGCUGCUGUUCAGGCAGAUCCAUGUUUCGCCAAACUCGUAUAGCUUUGAUCGGGCUUACGAUGUCGUCGCAAGUCAGAAGAUAAGCAAAUAUGUCAGAAGCCUUGUCUACCAUUUUGGUAUGCUUGGAGACUACUAUGCAGGAUUCGACGCGUUCAAACAUGAGUAUUUCGCAGCACGAAAACCAGGCGAGAAACGCGAUCUUUCUGAAGUCACAGCUGAAGUAUUGUGGUGCUACAAUUGUUGGCUCGAAGAGAUUGAUGCACAGAGGACUUUUGAGCUCAGGGACGAAAGAGAGGAGCUUCAACGUUUGUGUGCCGGCUUGCCCAAUUUGGAGAUCGUGAAGACACUACUAGACGAUAUCGAUUCCCUUGAUGAUCCUCAAGACUAUAUUGGCAAGCGGACAGGCAUGUUCGCAGCAGAAGAUCAUGGUGAAGCGCGUUUUGCUAAAACGUUCGAUGCGACAGUUUCAAGAUCUUUGAGGGACAUUUCAGCACGAUCUAUCCAAUGGCUGGAUCUCCUGGAGAUGGUUGAGGCCUUAGAUCUUAACGUGUCACAUACACAUGGCGACUCUUUUCGAAAAGCGGAUUACCGAAAUGAGGCGCUGGAGCAGUCACAGCUUCUGGACAAGUACUACAUUGGCUUGAGAGAUGCGUCUGCAUGGCAUAGACUUGAGGAAUCAAGCUUGUGGAGCAGGUUGCAGCGAUUGAGAUUCCUCGAACUAGGUAUCUACAACCCUGUCAACGAGCAAGCGGUUGACGAGGAUGGUUAUGUUCGUGAUCAUACUAAUGCCUUGGACGUGAUAUUACACGCCUCGAGCAAUCUUGAAGUUUUGAAGUUGGAUUUCGACGAGUUGCCGUUCGAAUGUCAUUACGAGUCAAUGUUGCCGAUUUCCAGCACUAUUUGCAGACAUUUCUGGCAGAACCUGAGAGAGUUGAAAUUGGAGGCAAUAUGUGUCACAGAAAAUGUUCUCCUAGAGUUCUUCCGUCAGCACACAGCUAGUCUGAAAAUACUACAAUUGGGCGACGUUGAGUUGACCCAGCUCGACGAUACUGACCAGAAGCCGAACCUUUUACGUUUGUUUCGAGGUAUGAAGGACACUUUGAAGCUGACAUCCUGCACGAUCACAGGCAACUUCACGAAUCGUGUCGAUCAGUCAUGCACGCGCAAUACAGAGACUUAUAGAGAUAUUGCGACCUGGCCUUUCCUCAUUGAUGUCACCAGCUGCCAAGAGAGCGAUACGUUCCACGAAUUCGACCAGCUCUGCGACGACUCGUGGUAUUGGUGCCCAGAAUUAUUGGGGGCAGAUGGGUCAGAAAUCUCUUCAGAAACUAGCGAUAUCCCACAAUUCUUUCACCAUUGGGAAGAUUGA